AUGGCGUUCACAUUCGGCACACCAGCUGCGGCACCUUCACAACCUGCCGCAGGCACAAGCGCCACAUCCGGCUUCUCGUUCGGUCAGACACCAGCGCAGCAGCAACAGAACAAGCCAGCAACCAGCGGAUUCUCAUUCGGCGCACCAGCAGCAUCACAACCAGCUACAUCCGGUGCUGCACCUGCAACCUCUUCCGGUGGAGGCCUCUUUGGCGGCUUCGGCUCCUCUCAACCAGCAACAGCUCCAGCUUCCUCAUCCACAACUAGUGGUGGCGGCGGACUCUUCUCGUUCGGUGCAAAACCCACUGCAACUUCUCAACCGCAACAACAACCUCCUGCUGGGUCCACAUCCACCUUUGGCACCUCCAACACCACCGGCGGUGGGCUGUUCGGCAGCUCAACUACCCAGCCCUCUACGGGUUCAGGCUUCUCCUUUGCUGCUCCCGCCAACAACACACAGCCACCACAAGAACAACAGCAGCAAUCAACAUCACUCUUCGGCGCACCUGCAUCGUACUUCUCCACUACCUCCAGCGCACAGCAACCUGUAGCUCAAACGCCAUUCUCUGCCCAACCCCAGCAAAUCCAAUCUCAACCAGCAGCUCAGCCAGAUAAGAAACUCGGUCCCUCUCUCAGCGCUAAGAUCGAACAAAUCCGUGCAGCAUGGGACACAUCCAAUGCUUCCAGCUGCCGUUUCGCCUAUUACUUCUACAACAACGCUGGUAACUCGCAAAAUCUUAAACUCAUCCAAGGACGACGUCCAGAUGCUGUCGGACCGAUGCACGAUCAACUAUGGGCCGCUGCCGUUCGCGAAAACCCUGAUCCUAAUCGUCUUUACCCCGUCUUAGCACUUGGAUUCAACGAUCUCAAGAAACGAAUAGAGUCCCAGGCGCGAGAGGCACAGCGACAGCGACAAUUCCUCGCCACCAUCGCAAAUCGGCUUUCUUCGUUGGAACAGAAGCACAGCUUGUCCAACUCGGUGCGCGCACAGGCUGCACAGAAUAAGCAGGCUCAGUUGCACCAUCAGUUGGUAGCGCUUGUGGGGAAGACUCAGCUUUUGAUCCCCGCGUUGAGAGGGAAGAGUGUCGGGCCGGAGGAGGAGAGGUCGAUUUCAAUUCUAGAAACUUGCGAGGCGGAGAUCACGGGUGGAAAUUCGGCUGCUGCUGCUGCUGCUGCUCGCGGUACACCGGCUUCCGGUGGUGCAAACGGGGGAGCAGGGAAUGGUGCAUACCCGGCAAACCAUGCUAGAUUGCGAGCGAGGAUCAACGAGCUCUGGGCCCAACUUGGGGUCAUUCGGGCCAAGAGGGAGAUGCUGGCGAGGGAAGGAAGGAGUGCAACGACGGAGUGGGCGGUUGUCGAUCAAAGUGGAUUGGAGAACGUCACGAGGAUCCUAGGACAGCAACAGCAAGGGUUGAAUCAUCUGUGUACGACAUUGGAGAACGAUACGAAGACGAUGGAGACAAUCGCAAAUGGCUUGACCGGGGUUAAGCUUGUUGGUAUUUCCAGGUAG